AUGGAAACAUUUGGGCGGCCAGUUGCUGCGUCGCCGGGCGCGGACGUAAAAGUUAAGCGGACGGAUUACGAGGAACUCGGGGUCGUACUCCACGGGCUCGCGGCUGGCGUCGACGAACUCGUAACGGUGAACCAGGUUCGCUAUGCACAGCUUGGCCUCGAGGGUGGCGAGGGUGUAUCCGAUGCAACCGCGGGGCCCGGCGGCGAAGGGCGUGUAGGCCAUACGGUGGCGGCGCGGCUGGUCGCGGCCGUCGAGCCAGCGAUCCGGGUCGAAGCGGCCCGGGUUUUCCCAUUGGUCCGGACUUUUGUGCAACGAAGGGAAAGGCGGAAUCACGAUGGACCCGGCCGGCACCAGCCAGCCGCCCGGCAGGACGACAUCUGCUUUGACGUUGCGUGCCGUUUGGAAAGAUGGGUUAUGCAUGCGGUGCGUUUCUUUGACGAAACUAUCGAGGAAGGGCAGAGAUGUCACGACAUCGUAGUCCCACGCCUCAUCCGGCGGUGGCGCGUGGUCCACCAGCUCUUGCAACAGUCGCUCCUGGUGGCCGGGGUAAUGCGUAAGGGAAUAAAGCAGCCACGAGAGCAGCGAGGCGCUGGUGACAAAGCCCGCGCCGACCAAAGACACCGUGUUAGACAGCCGGUAUUCUUUGGGCAGUUUAUUUCCUUCUUCGUCGACGGCCCGCCGCAGGUAGUCGGCCACGCACGACGCCCGCACCGCCGCCUCAUGCAUCGGCAGGUCGGCUCCGCCGUCCUCGGCAAUCGGCGCUUCGUCCAUGGCGCGCUGGAUAAGCGCGAAGAUGCGUUGGCGCAUUUCCCCGACGCGCCGGUGCUCCCCAAAAGGCAGAUAGCGAUACCAUCUUGGUUGCAGUGA